AUGUGGGCAGCCAGUGGGGGGCAUAGAGAAGUGGUGGAGUUACUUGUGAGUACAGGAGCUAAUGUGUCACUCGUCGAUAGAUUCGGCAUCAACAUUCUUCACUCGGCCUGUCUUGGAGGAGAUGUAGAGGUGGUGAAGUAUGUCCUCUCACAGAACAUGGUGGACAUCAAUGGUAGAGUACGGUGUGGGAGAACAGCUGUGAUGCUGGCAGCAGCAAACGGACACAAGGACGUGGUGGAGAUGUUUGUGGACAAAGGCGCUACAGUGUCAUUCGUGGAUGAGACAGGUAACAACAUCCUUCACUGCGCCUGUAGGAGGGGAGAUAUGGAGGCGGUGAAGUACAUCCUCUCACAGAAAAUGGUUGACGUCAACAGUUAUGGGCCUCGGAAGAAGACGCCACUGAUGGUAGCAGCAGAACACGGACAUAAGGAAGUGGUGGAAUUACUGGUAACACAUGGAGCUGAUCUGUCACUCAGUGUAAAAGGAGGAGACAAUAUCCUUCACAUUGCCUGUAACCGCGGACAAUUUGAUGUUGUGAAAUAUCUCCUCUCACUUAACUCAGUGGACAUAAACAGCAGGGGAUACAAGAAGAGGACACCAGUGAUGGCAGCAGCAGAACACGGACAUAAGGAAGUGGUGGAAUUACUGGUUACACAUGGAGCUGAUCUGUCACUCAGUGUAAAAGGACGAGAUGAUAUUCUUCACAUUGCCUGUAACCGCGGACAAUUUGAUGUUGUGAAAUAUCUCCUCUCACUUAACUCGGUGGACAUAAACAGCAUGGGAUACAAGAAGAGGACACCAGUGAUGGUAGCAGCAGAACACGGACAUAAGGAAGUGGUGGAAUUACUGGUAACACAUGGAGCUGAUCUGUCACUCAGUGUAAAAGGACGAGAUGAUAUCCUUCACAUUGCCUGUAAAAGCGGACAAUUUGAUGUUGUGAAAUAUCUCCUCUCACUUAACUCGGUGGACAUAAACAGCAGGGGAUACAAGAAGAGGACACCAGUGAUGACAGCAGGAGAAAGGGGUAAAAAAAAAAUUGUGGAAUUACUUGUAAAACAUGGAGCUGAUCUGUCACACCGUGCACCAUUGGCAGGCAAUAUCCUUAACUUGGCCUGUCGCGGUGGAAAAAUAGAAGUAGUGAAAUAUGUCCUCUCACUGAACACAGUGGACAUAAACACCAGGGGAAUCAAGAAGAGGACACCAGUGAUGAUAGCAGCAGCACACGGGCAUAAGGAAGUGGUGGAACUAUUGGUAAAGAAUGAAGCUGAUCUCUCACUCAGAGAUAGCAACGGUAAAAAUGUUAUUGAAUUGGCCCGUGAAGGAGGACAUUUGGAGGUGGUGCAAUAUGUCAUGUCACUGUGA